AGCAGCAGCAGCUGUCGCCAGUCGCCCAGUAAGUCAGUCAGUCAGUCGUCCCUCCUGUUCUGCUCCUGCCUCCGCUCGUCGUCCUUCUUAAGGCGCAGGCCGCGACUGGGCGCGCACGGCACGGCCACAGCUGACUGACUCCUCCUGCGUUGGCUGAUAAUCAUGGCUAGAGCUCCGCUGCUCCUCGCGCUGCUGUGCGCGUGCGCCGCCGCCGCCGGCUCCGCCAAUGCGGCGGGGAGGAAGAUGGUCGGCGUGUACGAGCUCAAGGCGGGCGAUUUCUCCGUCGGCGUCACCAACUGGGGCGCCACCAUCACCUCCGUUGUGCUGCCGGACUCCAAAGGGGAUUUUGCUGACGUCGUGCUUGGCUACGACACCAUUGGAGGAUACGUGAGUGGUAAAAGCUACUUCGGAGCGCUUGUCGGACGAGUGGCCAACAGGAUCGCCAACGCGCGCUUCGUGCUCGACGGAAAGGCUUACCAUCUUUUCAAGAACGAUGGCAACAACACGCUUCAUGGUGGCCAUAGGGGGUUCAGUCAGGUUGUAUGGACGGUUAAAGAGUUCGUCGGUGGCGGUGACUCGCCCUACAUCACGUUGUACUACCACAGCUUCGAUGGAGAACAAGGUUUCCCAGGCGACCUGGACGUGUACGUGACGUACCAGCUGGCGGCCCCCUACGUGCUGCGGGUGCACAUGAACGCGACGGCCGUGAACAAGGCGACCCCGGUGAACCUGGCGCAGCACACGUACUGGAACCUGGGCGGGCAGGGCAGCGGCGACGUCCUCCGCAACACGGUGCAGCUGUUCGCGUCCCGGUACACGCCCGUGGGCGGCGGCCUCAUCCCGACGGGCGCGGUGGCGCCCGUGGCCGGCACGCCCUACGACUUCCUCGCGCCGGCCGCGGUGGGCUCGCGCAUCCGCCAGGUCUCCGGCGGCAAGGCCGGCGUCUACGGCUACGACACCAACUACGCCGUGGACGGGGAGCCCGGGGCGCUGCGGAAGGUGGCCGUCGUCCGGGACGGCGCGUCCGGCCGGGCGCUGGAGCUGUGGGCCAACCAGCCUGGGGUGCAGUUCUACACGGGCAACUUCCUCCAGGACGUCAAGGGGAAGGGCGGCAAGGUGUACCAGCAGUACGGCGCGCUGUGCCUCGAGACGCAGGGGUUCCCGGACGCCGUCAACCACCCCAAUUUCCCCUCCCAGAUCGUCAGGCCGGGGCAGGUGUACAAGCACGACAUGGUGUUCAAGUUCUCCUUCUAGCCGCUCUCUGUAUAGGCAACAACACCCUGGUCCCUGGCUAAUCAAUCUACUAGUACCUGUUAUGAUUGUCACUGGCAAAGUGGCAACUGGGCCUUAUUGGGACUGGAGACACACGUUACAUGAUUUCAAGUCAAUUUGUUUUGCGGACCGUAAUU